AUGGUUGAGGUGCAUGAAGGGAUAUGUGGAGCUCAUCAAGUCGGCCAAAUGAUGAGAUGGUUGAUUAUUAGGAGUGGAUAUUUCUGGCCAAAGAUGGGAGAAUCAUGUGCUCAAUAUGCGAAGAGUUGUUUAGCAUGCCAAAAGCAUGGUUUGAUACAAAGAGCGUCAACAAGAGAGAUGACACCCAUUAUCAAACCCUGGCCAUUCAAGGGUUGGGCGAUAGACCUGAUAGGGAAGAUUUAUCCCCCAUUUUCCAAGCAACAUACCUUUAUUAUAGUUGCAACUGAUUUUUUCACUAAGUGGGUAGAAGCGAUACCUUUAAAGGAGAUCACCCAAAAGAGUGUCAUAGAAUUUAUCCGUGAUCAUAUUAUUUAUAGAUUUGGGAUUCUACAAACUUUGAUGGUAGAUCACAGAAUUUUCUUGAAUGGAGAUCAAGUGAAGGAAUUCUUGAGUGAGUUUGGAGUUAAGUUGGUGAACUCCACACCAUAUUACUUUCAAUCCAACGGACAGGCAGAAUCUUUUAAUAAAAUUCUAAAAAAUAUCAUAAGGAAAAUGAUAGAUGAAAAUGUCAGAAAUUGGCACGAAUGUCUAUACAAGGCCUUAUGGGCUUAUAGGACGUCGCCUCGGUCAAGUACCAAAGUUACUCCUUUCCAACUUACUUAUGGACUGGAGGCCGUUUUGCCUAUAGAAAUCAAUGUGCAAUCAAUCAGAGUGUGUUUACAACAUAAAUUAAGUGAUGGUGAGUAUACCGAAUCACUAGUUCAAAACUUAUUGGAGUUGGACGAAUUAAAAUUAGAUGUCCUAGAUAGAUUGCAAGUUCAAAAACAAAGAAUGACUAAGUUUUAUAAUAAGAAAGUUAUAGCCAAGUCUUUUAGUUUGGGUGAAUUGGUUUGGAAAACAAUACUCCAUUUGGAUAGCAAGGAUCCAAAAUAUGGUAAGUGGUCGCCCAAUUGGAAAUGA